AUUUUUCUUUCUCUUUCUGGCUUACUUAGAAUGACAAUCUCCAGGUCCAUCCAAGUUGCUGCAAAUGGUAUUGUUUUAUCCUUUUUAUGGCUGAGUAGUAUUCCAUUGUAUAAAUCUAACACAAUUUCUUUAUCCAGUCAUCUGUCAAUGGACAUUUAGGUUUCUUCCAUGUUGUGGCUAUUGUAAAUAAUGCUGCUAUGAACAUUGGGGUGCAUAUAUCUUUUAGAACUAAAGUUCCCUGUGGAUAUAUGCCCAGGAAUGUGAUUGCUGGGUCAUAUGGUAAGUCAAUUUUUAGUUUUUUGAGAAAUCUCUAUACUGUUUUCUAUAAUGGCUGCUCUGAACUACGUUCCCACCAACAGUGUAGGAGUGUCCCCUUUUCUCCACAUCCUCUCCAGCAUUUGUUUGUGGACUUCCAAAUGAUGGCUAUUCUGACUGGUGUGAGGCAAUACCUCAUUGUAGUUUUAAUUUACAUUUCUCUGAUAAUUAGUGAUAUUGAGCAUUUUUUCAUGUGCUUAUUGGCCAUUUGUAUGUCUUCAUUGGAGAAUUGCUUGUUUAAGUCUUUUGCCCAUUUUUGGAUAUUUUUAUUAAGUUGUAUGAAUUGUUUUUAUAUUCUGGAAAUUAAGCCUUUGUCAAUCUCAUCUUUUGCAAAUAUCUUCUCCCAUUCCAUAGGUUGUCUUUUUGUUUUGCUUAUGGUUUCCUUUGCUGUGCAAAAGCUUAUAAGUUUAAUUAGGUUCCAUUUGUUUAUUCUUGCUUUUAUUUCUAUUGCCUGGGUAGACUGCCCUAGGAGAGAACAUUGCUGAGAUUUAUGUCAGAUAAUGUUUUGCCUAUAUUUUCUUCCAAGAGGUUUAUAGUGUCUAGUCUUAUGUUUAAAUCUUUAAGCCAUUUUGAGUUUAUUUUUGUGUGUGGUAUGAGAGAAUAUUCUAACUAACUUCAUUGAUUUAUGUGCAGCUGUCCAGUUUUCCCAACACCAUUUGCUGGAGAGACUGUCUUUACUCCAUUGUAAAUUCUUGCUUCCUUUGUCAAAGAUUAAUUGACCAUAGGUUUGUGGGUUUAUUUCUGGGCUCUCUAUUCUGUUCCAUUGAUCUACAUCAAUGCUGUAGCUCUAUAGUAUUGUCUGAAAUCUGGGAGGGUUAUUCCUCCAGCUCUGUUUUUUUUCUUCAGUAUUAAUUUGGCAAUUCUGGGUCUUCUGUGAUUCCAUAUAAAUUUUAGGAUCAUUUGUUCUAGUUCUGUGAAAAAUGUCCUGGGUAAUUUUCUAGGGAUCACAUUAAAUCGGUAGAUUACUUUGGGUAGUAUGGCCAUUUUAACAAUAUUAAUUCAUCCAAUCCAAGAACAUGGCAUAUCUUUCUAUUUCUUUAAGUCAUCUUUAAAAGAAAGAAAGAAAGAAAGAAAAAACCUAUUGAACACACUCUGAAAUAUCAUAAUGCAUGACAAGUCACUUUUUGAAGCUACUAUAGAAACAUAUAGCUAAUGUAUUUGUAUUGAAACAUCUUACACUGUAACAGAUUGCUUUGCAAUUAAAGUUUUGUUUUAUCUAAAAAAUACUAUAUUAAAUAAAAGUGGUGAGAGUGGGAAAAAAAUAAAUAAACCUAAUUACCCCCUCAAAAAAUUUUAAAAAGGAAUUUAUACUCCAUAUCACUGUUUUUUCUUAAGUUUUACUCUAAUAUACAUGCUUUCUUAUCAUAAUUGACAUUAAAAAGACAAACCUACAAAUAUAGCUAUGUAUAUGUAUAUGUAGAUCCUUUGUACAAAGGUAUAUUUGCAAUUCUUUCUAGCUAUUUGUUUGGCCUGUGGACCAAGAGAAAAGACCAGGUUCUCUAUGCAUUUCUAAUCUUUCCAAGGAUCAUGGAUAUGAGUUCGAAUUAGGUAAUUCAGGCCUUAAGUAGAAGCCACUUAUCUGAAAUGGAAAUAAUGUGCACUGAAGAAAUGUGUAUUGAGAGGGGCUUGAUGACAAGCAACAAAGAAGGAUACCUUAGGGCUUGUUGACUUUUCUGAAAGGAAUUUGGCUAUAAUCUUAGGCUCUAAGAUUUAGAUUAAACUACAAGUAAUUUGCAAUACAUUUCCUCCUAUUACAGUGUUAGUUUCAUCUGUUGUCUAGAUUCUGUAAUUAAAAAACACGAAGUAGUUGUUGAUUCUGUUAAAUUACAGAGUAACCUUUAUUCAGAAAGUUCAAGCAUAAUUCAUUGGAAAGAAUCUAUGCUGUGCUUAAAUUUUCAGGGUUACCUUUGAAGUACACAUUUAACAAUAUACAUCCUAAGGCAAGUUCAUUUGAUCAGGUUUUGUGAAUGGUAUUCAGAGAGUGAAAAUCACUCCCCCAGGGAUACUGUGAGUAAUUAAGAUAAGCAUAGGGAUAAACAAUAGUUAUGAGAUCCUAUUCUAGAGUACACGAUGUGCCAGGGAUAUACCCUUUGCACAUUUGACAUAUUUUUAAGGAAUUGUGAGACCAUACAGAUCUCAGGAAAAUGUUUUAUUGUAAUAAUAAUAACGUCUCUUUUAAUGUAUGUAUGUAUAUACAAGUCACCCAGUUUUUUCUUCAGUUUCGCACUAUCCUAAAAAAAAAAAAAAACAAAAAAAAAACCUGUAAAUAAAUUGUAUUAGCUUCCUUUUUCCCAUUCCAUAGAAUUGCCUUAAUUAUGGACGCUGUAAAGAGAGUGCAUGCCUCAGUUAUUAAAGGAAAGUUCUCUUUAUUUUAAUUUGCAUCAAGAAAUUCAUUUCAGAUGUUGCUUCCGGGAGUCAAUCACUAUGGAUAGAAGCCUGUGGUUAACUUUUGAGGAAAUGCUGGAAUUCACUGUCUUUCUUGGGCUUUCUUUUCAAAAUAGGCCCUUUCCCCUGGUUCAGAGUCUUAGCACCCACGCAUUGGGCACCCUAGGAAAGCACCCUGACAUCGCCCACCUGGGUCAGAUAUGAAUCACAACCUUCUGCGAGUUGAUGGGCGGGUCAACACCUCGCCGAGUGCAGGCAGCAGUCACCACCGGACACUGGUGAUUGGUUGCGCGUUAAAGGCGCGGAACCAAUGAGAGCGGCGGCCCGGGAGAGUACAGGGAGCGCGCGGGAAAGCGACCAAUAUAAACUCUGGCGGGAGAUUCGUUUUCAGGGCCUUGUCCCGUGAAACACCCUCGACUGGAGUGUCAGUUGAUAGCUCUCAUCUGGUGUUCGAACAUGGUGCGGACUAAAGCAGACGGUGUCCCUGGCACCUACAGAAAAGUGGUGGCUUCUCGAGCCCCCAGGAAGGUGCUUGGUUCCUCUACGUCUGCCAAUAAUUCCACGUCGUUUUCGUCACGGAAAGAAAAUAAAUAUGCAGGAGGAAAUCCAGUUUGUGUGCGCCCAACUCCCAAGUGGCAAAAAGGAAUCGGAGAAUUCUUCAGGCUGUCCCCUAAAGAUUCAGAAAAAGAGAAUAGAAUUUCUGAAGAGGCAGGAAGCAGUGGCUUGGGAAAAGCAAAGAGAAAGUCCCUCCCUUGCACCAGCCAGGACCCGGUGAUCCUCCAGCGCCCGCGUAGCGAGCCCCGUCCAAGGCGCAGUGAUCAACGCGGGCAAGGAGAUGGCGGCCAGGCUCAGUUUGGGGCUGCUGCUUCUGGUGCUGCUCCUACCCAUGCAGAUUUAUUCGUCCGUUCUUACAACCAGCACACAAGCUCCUUCGGUCCAAACCACAACGACCGGCUGUGCCUUUCAGUCAACAGCUAGUCUCCUUGUGGUCUUGCUUGCCCUUCUACAUCUCUACGGUUAAGAGACUUGGCCAAGAAACAGCUACAGUUUACCAACCCAUCUCCUAAAGCUCGCUCCAUGCGGCAUCUACAAGUCCAGCGUGGCAAGGGGAAAAAAAAAACAGGUCUUCAUCAAAUCUACGAAUUCCACUCCUUAUUAACACAGAAAAUGUUGACAACCCCAAAUUGGACUAUUUUAAAGAGCGUCUGAAGGAUUUGACUAGAUAAUGAAUGCCAAAAUUAAAUCUGCUGGAGUUUCACGUACAAGACUGGAAAGAGCAUGGAGAAUUAAUGAUGUGAUUAAGUGUAAUUUAAGAAAUAUGGACACUUGAAACCGUACCUGGUAAAUAAUAACUUCAUAGUCAUCUAGAGAGAAAGGAUGAGCUGUGGAAUGGAGAUUCAGUUUUCAUUUUGGUUCAUGAAACUUAGGAGGCCAUAAAAUGAUUAGACAAUAUAAAAAGCUUCAGUGAUUCUGUUUAUGAUGUACACUCACCAGGUAUUACGGUAAACCUUCUAUGUAUUGUUUCAGCAAUCCUAGUGUAAUGCUGAUACACUCUGUCAGGUUUUUUUUUUUUAAAUCAGGUUUUACAUUGUUAAGUUUUCACUGUUUUUUUUUUGUAACUUUUUCCUCUGGGGCUUUGGAUUUGACAUUGCAUUUUGCUUUUUGUAGUAACAGAUGUGUGCCAGGGCAAUGAUGAAUUGGAAUCUACUACAAAUCCAAGAUUAAGUAAUCCUUGCAUAUAUAUUCAAAAUCAAAUGAUAGGUAUUUCCUAUCACACAGUCCCAUCCAAUAAGAGCGCUAGACUCAUAUAGCUGAUUUGGAUCUCUUAACUUGAUUCCAAAGAUUAGAAGUACAAUGACUUCAACCGGUCUUAAAAUACUGCUUUGUAUUUGUGCAUAUGUUGAAUAAUUUUUACAGCUUAAAAAUUGACCUGUUUUGAAGGCAUAUUUGACAGAUCUUGAAAUUAAGAGGCAAAUAUAUGAAGGAGGCAAAAAUAAUGUGUAUUGGGUUUUUGGGAAAUGAAGACUGGAAAUUUGCCUGCAUUAAAUUCACAACUGUUUUUUGCUCUUUCUGUAAAACUUGAUGAAUCAGAAUAGCUACAUGUGGAACACCUACAUCAGUCAUUAUUUUUAGAUGGUUAGAACCUGCUACUAAAUCUAAGUGGGCUUGAUUCUGGAAAGCAAAACUUUACAACUGCCUUGAUGUACAGAAACCUUUUUAGAAAUAGAUACUCCGUGAAAUCUUUAGUUCACAUGUUCACAGAAUGAUGCUUAGGUGUUAAGUAUCUAGUAUGUCCAUAGUACUCUUAGUAAGUCUCAAGCCAAUGUUUGCCAUCUUUAGAAACCUACACAGAAACAACCAGAUCCAACAGAUCUCAAGCUCUGUUAGAUCUAUGUGUGUGAGUGAACACACCCCUUUGCCUCAUAUCUGAACACUGUACAUCUGUUUUGGAUUGUACAUUGUGUUUGGAAUUGAUUUGCAUUGAACACAAACUAAAUAAAAAUAAAUGGCCAAAAGAGCAAUUAAAACGAAGCUUUUGACGUAUAAAAUGAUGUUUAUGCAUAUAAAAUGUUAAGAAUUAGUCAACAAUUUCAUAAGAUCAUUUAGUAAAUUGUUAUUGAGUGCCUACUUUCCAUCUUAUGAGAUGUUUAAAAGGAAUGUCAAAUUCUGGAGCAUUAAUCAAAUUUUAUAUUCUGUUGCUAUAUCACUAUAUGAAUCCUGGUUUCAAUAAAAUCAACAAGCAAGGAGAUACAUUUUUGGAUAGUUUUUUAAUAGACUUGUUUUCCUAUAUGUCUCCGUUAGUUCCUUCUCAUUUUCUGGCACUAUUCUUCCAUAUACUUUCUCAUGUUAAUAUGAACAAGCUAAAAGUCAAUAUUAGCUCUAGAAUAUAUGACAGUCCUCUUGAAUUAUUUGUGACUUCCAUUAAGGACAUAAAAUAUUUGGCAAUAUAGCCAAAUGUGGCUAUGCCAUUGAUCAUCAUAGCAAUAAAAUGUGUAUCACAGGCUUUUCAUCAUAUGGAGAAAGAUUACACAUACAGUCUUGUAAAGAACUUUGAUCCAUCGUAUAAUAAAAUCUGUGACAUAAAACUAGGUAAUAGAGGUUUAUAUUAUUGCUUUAGGCUUCUUAACAUUUGUUUUUGUUUGUGAGAGUUGUAAGUAUCACUUUAUUGAUGGUAAAUUGAUAGAUUUACUGUUUUUUUCUUCCAGUUUUAUUGAGACAAAACUGACAUACAGCACUGUACAAGUUUAAGGUGUACAGUCUAAUGAUUUGACUUACAUACAUCAUGAAAUGAUUAUAAUAGGUUUAGUGAACAUCUAUCAUCUCAUAUAGACACAUUAAAGAAACAAACUUUUUUUCCUUGUGAUGGGAACUCUUUCAAUAGAUUUAGUAUUGAUAGUAAAUAGUAAACUAUCAGUAUAUUAGAAGGACUUCUGCUAUAAACUCUCUAAUUUAGAGAAAUAUAGAAAAUAUAGAACAUCGCUACUCCUAUGACUUCAUAAUUCUAACAAAGGCAGGGUAAACGCCCAUCAGGUGCAUGGGGGAGAAUCAGAAUCAAGAACGACUAUCUGCUCAAAACCUUGAACAGAACUGUGAUACCUAAAGUAAAUUAAAUCAGGUCCCCCACAAAAAGAAUUUUGGGUCAUGAUAGUGUUAAGUUGUUAACUUGAUUUCAUUUCCAGGAAAGUACAAUGAAGACCUCUUGGUAAUAUAAUGGUAGGUGAGUCAAUGGUAAUCCUAUACUAAAUCAGAAAACCUUUGUUUUAGUUUCCUUCUUUGACUACCUAGCUCUAUGACCAUUCAGGCUUACUGGAUCUAAUUUGAAAACUGAUUAUUUUAGGAGAAAUCUCAUAAACCUUUAUCAGCUCUGAAAAAGAUUCUGAUUUAUGAUUAAGCUUUUAAUUGACUUCUUCUGUAUAAAAAGUAUAAUAAGUACAAAAUAGCUUUGGGAUAAUAUAAAUUAUUUUUCAAAAGCUAUGACUACCGCAUGCCAAUUUAAGACAGUUUUGGGAUUUUUCUAGUUAGGUAAUACAUUCACAUAGUUCCAAAAGGGUAUACAGUCAAAUAUGACAACUUGCUGUAUUUUCUCUGCUUGAGUGUAUUGGUUAAAAAUUUUUUUCCCCUUAAUGGAGGCACUGGUGAUUGAACCCAGAGCAUGCAGUCUACCACUGACCCCCCCCACCCCUUUUUUGCCUUUUAUUACUACAGAGUUCUCACUGAAUGAUUAUACUCCUCAUCAAUCCACUUAAUCUAUAAGGAGGUGGAUUACCCUCCUCCUCCUUAUAGAAUGCUAUAGAAAUAGAGAUUCCCUUUUAAUAAAAAUGGCAACAUAUCCUAAAGGAGACACUGAUUUGGCAAAUUCACAGGCAAAAUAAAUUAUUAAAAAUUUUAUCGCUCUAAAGGGGAGGGUAUAGGUCAAGUAGUAGAGCACAUGCUUAGCAUGCACAAGGUCCUGGGUUCAAUCCCCAGUACCUCCAUUAAAAAUAAAUAAACCUAAUUACCCUCCCUGCUAAAAAAUAAUAAAAUGGUAGGAUAAUAAAUAAAAUAUUUUAAAAAGUUUUAUCACUCUAGGAUUUGGAAUUUGUAGGGGUUUGUCAGUUACUGGAGUUUAAUUUUCUCUCAUUUCUAGUCUCUUGACCAUACCCACUGCACUGUUAAUUAAUGUUCUUGAUUUAUAUGUCUUUAAAACACUGUUUAUGUUUUGAUUUUUAAACAUUUGGCUCAGGUGACUAUUGAA